AGCAAAUCACUUGAAACCACAUCAUCAUCCUUACAACAAAGUCAGACUUCCGUCAGGGUGCCUGUCGCCUUUUCCGUAAGAGAGGAAUUCGAGUUCACCAACGGUCCUGGUCAAAAAUUUGUACCGAUACGAAAGCGGAGGGUCGGGUCUGCAUUGCAACCAAACAACAGUCAAAGUCAAAAACACCAUGGCCGACGCAGAGCCCCGUCCUAAGCGUUCGCGCUUCGACCAGACCGAACCGGAACCUCGUAGGACUUCGAGGUUCGACCGACGCUCCCGAUCGCCCCCCUCCCGAAAAUCCGAGCCAGGACGCGACCGCAGUCCUCUUCCCCGCGCCGAGGACGAAGCAAAGAAGAGCGAGGAACCUUCUACCGCUGCUCUGGAUCCUGCCGCCGCUGCAGCUGCCGCUGCCGCCAAAAUCAAUGCGCAGCUCCAAGCGCGCAAGGGCGUUCAAAAUGCCGACUCGGCCCCGGCCAAAUCGGCGUCCUCUACAGGCCCGAUCACGUCAGCAAGCUCGGCGGCCAAGAUCAACGGCGAGAUGUAUGUCGCAGACGGAGACUAUAUAAAGGAUAUCGAAGUCAACGACCUUAGGAAUCGAUACCUCUUGACCAAGAGCGCCACGCAAAAGAUGAUCAAAGAAGAGACUGGUGCCGAUGUCACUACUCGAGGAAACUAUUACCCGGACAAAUCUAUGUCCACCCCAGCGAACCCGCCGCUGUAUUUGCAUGUGACCAGCACUAGCAAGGAGGGACUCGAGGCGGCCGUUGCCAAAAUCGAGGAGCUGAUGAAACAGGAGCUUCCACAACUCGUCGACGAGCGCAGGUUCCGACGGCGUGAAGAGCCCGUUGUUGAGCGUGACGAGUAUGGCAGGGUAGGUCCUCCAGGUCUCAUGUCUCUUGGCAUGGUCUCGACUAACCUCGUUUUGCAGCGCAAAUGGCCCGAGGAACGUAUUCCCAUUGGUCUUGAGCCCAUUCCCGGGUUUAACCUUCGCGCCCAGGUCGUCGGCCAUGGAGGUUCGUACGUCAAGCACAUCCAACAGGAAACUGGUUGCCGAGUACAGAUUAAAGGUCGUGGAUCUGGCUUCCUCGAAACUGCCACUGGCAGGGAAAGCGACGACGAAAUGUUUCUCCAUGUUGCUGGCCCUGAUCCCAAAAUGGUAGAGAAAGGCAAGGAGAUGUGCGAGGACCUUCUCGCCUCUGUGAAAGAACAGUACGAGGAAUUCAAAGCCCGACCGCCUCGCUUCAGUGGAGAUAGGUUUGGAGGUGACCGCUACAAUGGUGGCGGAGAUCGUCAUGGAGGUGGUGAACGUUACGGCGGAGACAGACGUGGAGGGGACCGCUACGGUGGUGACCGGCAUGGCGGUGACCGCGGGCAUCAAGGCUACGGCGGUCAUGGACAUGGACAUGGACGGAGUCCCGGCGUUCACGGUGCGCCCAGUGGUCCUAGUGGUGGUCAUGGAAACCAGGGCAUUUUCAGCCCCGGCGGAGCUGCGGCAUCCCCGGCAUCCACUGCCGCAACUGCUGCUCAGGCGACCCCGGACUACUCGGCUGCCUACGCGCAAUACUAUGGCGGCCAAGAUCCGUAUGCGGCUUAUGGUGGAUAUGCUGCGUACGUACAAAUGUAUCAGCAGUACUACGCUCAAGCAGGACAACAAGGUGCCACGGCAGCUGCCCCUGGCGCGCCGGGCGCUCCUGGCGCCUCGUCGACGCCUUCGGCAGCCCCUCCGCCCCCUCCCAGCGAUGCGGCACCGCCACCUCCUCCGCCACCAAGCGCAGCUCCUCCGCCUCCGCCGCCCGGUCCUCCAGGGGCGAGCGGUGGAUACAGUGCUGUACCUCCGCCACCCGGUUUGUAGCGCACCGCAGGUUGGUAGUUGCGAUUACCUAGGCCUGGCGGUGGGCAAACCGUAUUUUUUUUUUCAAUGAAAGCAGAAGCCAACAAAGAAAUUCUGGGUGUAAAAUAAUUUGAUUCGACCGAUGAAGCAUUAUCUGAUUGCAUCAACUGACUGAGUAUCGAACUCGAUUAUGAUUCGUUUGCUUGUCUCGGAGACAAAGGCUGUGAGCUACUUCACAAGGGCCAGCCAUCAACUGGGCUCGUUGAAUAUUUAUAUGAAGGAAAAGUUCAUCAAAGAUACUACACCGCGGAUGGGCAGGUUGGUUUCAAGAGGGGAUCACAGAGUCCCGUAUAUUUGGUGAAAGGGGGUUUGGACUGGGGUUGUUAAUGCUUAGCCGAUGAAAAGUUUGAAUGAAGCGACUCUGGGACUGCAAAAACUGUCACCUGUUUUGGUCUGAGUGUUUGUUGAUUCUGAAAGUAGACAGUAAGAUGAAG